CAGAUAUAGUGAAUGCAGGGUCCGGGGAGAUCAGAUAUAGUGAAUGCAGGGUCCAGGGAGACCAGAUAUAGUGAAUACUGGAUAUAGUGAAUGCAGGGUCCAGGGAGAGCAGAUAUAGUGAAUGCAGGGUCCGGGGAGACCAGAUAUAGUGAAUGCAGGGUCCGGGGAGACCGGAUAUAGUGAGAUCCGGGGAGAUUUAGUGAAUGCAGGGUCCGGGGAGAGCAGAUAUAGUGAAUGCAGGGUCCAGGGAGACCGGGAUAUAGUAAAUGCAGGGUCCGGGGAGACCGGAUAUAGUGAAUGCAGGGUCCGGGGAGACCGGAUAUAGUGAAUGCAGGAUCAGGGUCGGGGAGACCGGAUAUAGUGAAUGCAGGGUCCAAGGAGACCGGAUAUAAUGAGUGGAGGGUCCAGGG